GCUCGCUAUGGCUUUCUCACUUUUGGAUCUCCUGGGCAUUCCACUCUCUCCGUCACGUAUUGUAGGCUUCUCCAUCGGUGCCUUGCUAUUGCGAUGGGUCUACCUGCGCUUCACUGCUAUCUCGAUCGCUGACAUCCCCGGACCUGGCCCAGAAUCAUUCUGGCUUGGGAAUCUGCGACAAUUAAUGGGCGAACAAGCUGUCGAGUUUGAUAAGAAGUGGCAGGAUCAAUUUGGAGGUAUCGUUCGCUUCAAGGCGCCUCUAGCAGAGGAUUGCCUUCUCAUUUCGGAUCCAAAGGCAAUCCAGUACAUUUUACAGACUUCUAGAUAUCGCUUCGUGAAGCCAUAUGGUACGCGCUUCUUGCCCAACAUGGCUACUGGGAAGGGUGUCCAUGGUGCCGAAGGAGCGGACCACCAUUGUCAACGCCGCAUUCUUUUAGUUGCUUUUGGCAGUCCUGAGAGCCAGGCUCUCAUGCCAAUUUUCAAAGCCAGUGCGCAGAGUUUGGUACAGCUGCUUCGCGAUUCCUUGUUGCUGAAUCAGGGUUCCAAAACCAUUGACAUGUCAACCAUCCUUGGCCGCGCCACACUCGAUUCCCUCGGAAAGGCCGCCUUUGAAUAUGAUUUUGGCGCUCUACAUCGAAAGGAUAAUGAGUUGGCAGACUCGUUGCACCACUUCACGACAGGAGGACUCGGACCACAGUCUGACAGCAAAAUAUUCGUUCAAGGCGUGAUGACGCAUAUUCCUGCUCAAUUUCUUGAUAUUAUAGCGUACCUUCGUUCAAACAGGCUAAGGUCUCUAAAGAAUCAUGUUGAGGUGUCAAAUGAGGUGGCGAGGAAGCUCCUCAAAUCAAAGGCGGCGGCAUUGGAGGAAGGAAGGGUUGGGAGAGAUAUUUUGAGCUUAAUCGUCAGGGCGAACGCAAUGGAAAACGAGAAGCUACGUCUGACGGACGAGGAGCUUCUCCCCCAAGUAGCCACAAUCUUAGGUGCUGGCUAUGAGACGAUUACCAAGUCCCUCGUUUAUAUUCUCUGUGAGCUUGCGAAACACUCUAUGGAGCAGGGUAAACUUCGUGAGGAAUUGCAGAGGGCACGUGCGGAUGCACGCUCUGAGGGUCGUGAGGUUACAACGACCGAGAUGGAUGAGUUGCCGUAUUUCAACGCUGUGAUCAAGGAGACUCUCCGUUUUGAUACUGUCGUACCCCACCUAUCUCGUAAAGCCACCCAGGACGACGUCUUACCAUUAUCAAAGCCUAUAAGUGCCACGUCGGGGAAAGUCAUGAAGGAGAUCCCAAUACGAAAAGGUCUUCGGAUCAUUAUCUCCGAUGUGGCGUAUAAUUUCAACAAAGACAUAUGGGGUGAGGAUGCAGACGUUUGGAGGCCAGAGAGGUGGUUGGACGGAACCUUCAACGCUGCCUCUGUUGACGCGAACGUUGGGGUAUUUGGCAAUUUGAUGUCGUUUGGGACUGGCCAUCGUGCUUGUCUUGGGUGGCGAUUUGCUGUCACCGAGAUGCAGACUUUCUUGUUCGAGUUGAUCACGCACUUGACUUUCGACACGACGGACUGCGCGCGGAGGACCGGUGAAGAGCGAGGAGUAACGCUGCCCACAAUGGCAGGAGGGAUGGAUAAAGGCAAUGCGAUGCCAUUAAAGGUAUCUUUAGCAGACUGCCAUUGAAUGACCAGUCUGAAUGAUAUGACAUGUCCCAAUUCUGCAUUCACGAUGGCGCGAGGUGGUAUGGGUAUCGGCCGACUAUCGAAAUAUAUCAGGACUAAUCUACGUGGGCCGUCU